GCAACUGAGCGCCUACCGUUUUCAUACUAAAUUUCUCACAAGACGUCCCACGCGUCCAAUGGAUGUUAUAUUGCAUAGCAUAAGACGUUCGUCCCAUCCAAAAAUAGGACGAAUCAAAUGGAAAAACAAUGGAUAUGGUACGACACGCAGUUCCACAGAAUUUUAUCAAGUGGGUGAUGAUAGACAAAAUUUGUUAAGUGAUAUCUGUUACUUUAUUUUCAUGGUUAAUUGGGAAUAAUUGAGCCCAGUGCAGUAGGCCAAUUUAGUGUGUUAAAUUUUAAAAUAGGUCUGGAGUAUGUCACGGAAAAAUCAUUUUUGCUGUCCUGUGAGAAUCAUACGACGCUUUAUUGACAUCUUGCAAUGUAGUUAUGAGGAGAUUAAAAUAGGUUGACAACUAUACUGAGGCCCCAGUGAUAGUAUUGAUGCUGCUGCGCCGGCAUGGCGCUUUCUUUUGACAUACAUGACCGAAAUGGUUGGUACUUCGGCGCCAUGACACGCCAGGAAGCUACGGAGUUACUCAUGGCCGAACGGGAAGGCGGUGUGUUUCUUGUUCGAGACUCCGCUACCAUAAUAGGUGACUUUGUGCUAUGUGUGCGCGAGGACGCCAAGGUCAGCCACUAUAUUAUCAACCGCAUCGUCCAAGGCGAACGAGUUGUUUUUCGCAUUGGAGAUCAAUCUUUUGCUGAUCUACCCGAACUGUUGGAUUUUUAUAAACUGCACUAUCUUGAUACUACGCCACUUCGUAGACCUGCUGCUAAACGUAUUGAGUGUGUACUUGGCAAAUUUGACUUUGACGGCAGCGACCAGGACGACUUGCCGUUCCGCAAAGGUGACGUACUGUACGUGCUGAAUAAAGAUGAAGAUCAGUGGUGGACGGCGCGCAACAUUCAAGGACAGGUGGGGCAAAUUCCUGUACCUUACGUUCAACGUAUAGACGAGAAAUGUCCAAUUGUAACAACACACGCUCCACCAGAAGCACACAUGAAGAAGUCAAACCUACACAGACGCCUUCCUGCGCACGCGCGUGUUAAGCAACCACGCGUGCCAAACGCUUAUGACAAAACUGCUCUCAAACUUGAGAUGGGCGAUGUGAUAAAGGUGACGAAGAUGAAUAUUAACGGCCAGUGGGAAGGUGAACUACGUGGCAAAAUAGGUCAUUUUCCUUUUACACAUGUCGAAUUUAUCGACGCCGAUUCUGAGGAAUGCGCUGAGGACUAGAUGAGAUCACAUUGCGUAUUUUUGUAACGUGAGAAUUUAAGUAUUUAUUUUCAUCUUGAAGUCAAACUGUAUCAUAGCCAGAAAGAGAAUAAGUAAAAUGCAUUUAGGUGUAAUUCCAAACUA